CUGUUAUCCAUACUCGUACCUUUCUCACCAAUUUUUUUUUUCAACCGAGAAGGUGCGUUAUACCGCACAUGCAAUUUAUUUUGAGAUCCAAUUGAUGGUGAGGAAUUCCAAGCGCAUUGCGCAAGGUAGUCCUGGACGCGGAAGCUAUAUUCAAAUUAGCUUCACUGGUCUCGGGAGUCAUCGCUUCAUCAUUUAAACUCGCAAAAACAUCUGCCGUGUAGUCCCAAUGGCAGCGUUCAAGCAGGUACUAAUAGCUCAGAGCUAGUGUCAAAAACUGAAUUAAGGGAAUCACAGCAAAAGGCCAAACUUCCAAUAACCUUCGUCAACGGACGAGUGCCACUGCCGUCGUUGGUGUCUGUCGUCGUGCAGUAUGUUAUCCACCACUCACUCAUCGGCUCGUCGGGCAUCAAAUCACCAUCUACAAUAUCUUACCCAUGAGUCACUGACCACCGACUCCACUGUUACUUUUCACGCUGUCCUCACUCCACCGCGUCACCUCUCGAAGCUAGAGACAAGCAAGCCUCGUCAGUCGCAAUUCCAUCCGCGCCCCCGUCCGGCCAUUCUCCAUCCACGACAAGCACUUCCAACUCUUCCUCCAAGCUUCGGGCAGAACCAAGUCCUACUAGGGUUCAAUACUUUUGUGCCGAUGAAGGGGGUCUAUGGAGUAACAACCCCUCUACGGAUCAUCAAAGACGAUGCACGCGUACGAUUAACUCAGCAAGUCAACCUCACCUCUGCGCUUCGCACCGCGCUUCUCAUGCUAGCAGAAUCCUUUACCCAACACGAGCUAUUCGAAACUAUAGCAGGAAUGAGUUACUCUGGUGGCCCUCGGAUGGUGCUACCCGCUGAAAAUCGAGGAAAGGUGGAAAAUAUGGUUUCUCGUUAGGAGGACCAGUUUUGGGAGUCGUAUUGGAGGUUUGCGCAGGGCCUUCCUGGGAUCCGAUGGGCGGCGGGUUCUAAGAACAUGGAACAGGACACCAGUCCGCAUGCGAGAGCAGCAUAUCUUAAGAAUUUGCCGGAAGAGCUCCUGAAGUACGUUCAUCAGCGUGCCGAGGGGCGUGGUCCGCCUAGAGAGGCGGAUCACAGCGCUUAUUGGCUCCGUAUCGCAGGCGACAAGGAGCUUCCCUUGAUUCUUAACUCUGAGAUAACUGAGAUCGUGCGGUACCAGCAACUGUCCAGUCACUGAAGGGCAUAGUAAGCGCUGGUGUGGCUAAGAGUUCACGCUACUAUGUGGCUAAGGUCAGCAAGUAGUGGAAAGGAACCUCUAUUUUGAGUUCGUCAUACUG